CGGGGCUUCAUCAUGAUCCUGCUCAUCAUCUUCCUCCUCAACAGCGGCAAGAGCAAAAAAGCAGGCUGCGUGUCGUCACGCGACUUGAGCUUAAUAUGGACAAGCACACGGGGCUCUGAGCAUCCAGGCAGGAACAAUGCCCACUGUCCUGUGCAGUGGCAGGGGGAAACUUUCCUUUGGCUUUUUGCUGCACCGAUGCCUUUUUUCUCAGGUAAAGAGAGGCCAACACAGCUGUGCCAAAAAUAUUUGGAGGGACAUGACUCAGUCGUGCCCAUCAGAACAAGCCUUAGCAGGUGACCAGGGAAUCCUCUUCAACGCUGCGGAUGGAAAACAGCCGACAACACAACAGAGGCAAGGUUGGGGGCUGCGAAUGACCCGUCAUCCCCAUGUGGCGCCUCACAAGUCAAUGCUUGUUGAUGAUUUAAGAUUAAGCAGCGAUGAGGAUGACGCGCAAAGGGCAACUCGUGAAUCAGCUUCAUGGGAAGAACACAGUGUGUCGCGCACAAAUGGCAGGAGGGUGAGACAUUCCAGCUCGAACUCAUCGCAAUCCCACUCUUCCGUGGAGUCGCUCAGCGGGAGCCUUCAUUCCCGGAGCUCCAGCCCAGCUGCUUGGCCCACAGAUGCACAGUCCCCAUGCAGCAGCAACAAGGAGACUGAUCGCUCCACAGCUGCCCAGUGGCAAUUGGAUAAGUGGCUGAAGAAGUCCCAGAACAAGGUAGCUCCAAGUGACCAUUACCAUAGCAUUUCUGGAGAUCCGCCCUCCCCGCGCAAAGCACCGUCUCCGGCAAGAUGCUGGGACAGCAAUCAGGAAUACAGCCCUAGCCAAAGCCCCAUUCCCAGCCCGCAAUUGAGCUACAGGCCAGGCAGCCCCCUGCUGAGUCCCGAUUACGGCUUCUGUCCGAGCACCUGCCCAAGUCCCAGCAAUAGCAGGCGCAGUUCCAUACUGAGUCCAGUUCCAAGUGAAAUCCCAAGUCCAUGCGGGAGCUCAAGAGUGCAGCAUAGCCCAAAGCCAAGUCACAGAGGACCUCAGUUAAGUCCCACUUCAUCUCCUUUGCAGGGUUACCACUACCCUGAGGUUCAAAGUCAUCUGUACGCAGCACCACCUCCCCACAGGACAGAAUUUAGGUCACGGAUUGACCCAUUGUCUAACUCUGAGGCCAAAACCAAGCUCACAAAUAGCACCAAGCCUCCCUCCAAGGCGAGGCCCGCAGAACCCAGAGACCAAAAACAAAACAAAUCCAAAGCCGUCUUAACCCGCAGUGAUAGUCACAGACCGCAGAACCGUUCCCAUCCAGGCAAUAAAAAGCCGUCGCAAUACGAGCGCAUUCAGGGAGACCGACCCGGCCGCAGCGCAGACGGCAAGGCUCGUUCUCCGCUUCGGCACAGUUCUCAACACCUUCUUCCAACUGGCCGUGAAAACAGCAUCGGUCAAGGCCCGAGCGCCAAAGCUGUUAAUCGCCCGAGACCAUGUCCUAACCCACAACCCUGGGCCAAGCCGAGUGCUGUUAAUGUUUCGAGAACAUCACACAAGAAGCCCCAGGACAAGAAACGUGACGUGGUCCACAGAGAAGUUCCUCAAGCCGAGGGGAGGAAAGACAGAAGGAGAGAAGAUAGGCACAGGGAGGAGGCGAGAAAGGAAGACAGGAGGCUGGCGGAGGAGCAGCUCCUGAGACAUCGCUGGAUCGAGACUUCCGCAGAAGAGGAGGAAGAGGAGGCGGUAGUUAUCGAGAAGCAGCCGAGGAGGCCUCGGGAGAAACAACAAAUCCGUGAGUGCCAAACAAUCCAUUUCAAAGAGCGACAACUUCAGAACCAUCACACGCAGCCCCAAAGAAGAACACAGAAGAAGACCAAGCGGCGAGACUCUUCAUCUUCACUCAGCCCGCCUCCUCAAGGACAGUCUUGCUCAUCCUCUGCUCUGACAAAUUCCGAUUCGGAAUAUCAGACACAAGUCGCCAAGGUUCCGGCAGACUCGACUUCACUCCAGAAACUUCGCAGGAGAAGUCAAAACGUCUCUGGUAGACCGGAUUCUAGCAAGCCCAGAGGAAAGACCUCCGAAAGCCAAGGCGAGGGGCGGCAGAGUGAGACCAGGCACAGACUCUACACUCUGGUCCCGUUCGGGCGAAGCGAACAGGCCGCGGCGCCUUCCCAACGUGGACUGGGGAACCUGGUGGUGCACAUAGACCUCUGUCUCCUCAAGAGGGUCCCGGACACAGCUGUUAAUUCCACCGUUAAAGCCACUAACUCCUCCUCCUCCUCUUCGUCAAAGACAAAAAACAAGCAAACAGAGGCGAUGAAACAUCGCUACAUGGCAGAUGCCUUCUCCAAAGACAGCAAAAGAAAACGCAAGUUGGAGAAUGGCGUCUCACAUAAAGAAAGCAAGAGGAACACGCCACAAGCCAAAGACGCUGCCUCUGGCACGAAAUCCUCAUUACAUGUGGCUGAGUGUAGCAUUUCAACUGAGACCAUGCAUAAUGGAUUUUUGGAAGAGUACUUAGACGAUAAGCAGCCGUUAUCUCCCCUGUCACCGCUGUCAGACAGCCCUGAGACCACCCAACUUACAUCCAAAGCAAAAAAUGGCGAGCUUUAUCACAAGAACAAAGAUAAGAGCAAAGAUUCAGCACUCCAGCCAAAAAAGGAGGUGGAUUAUGUGAAAGUGUCCAGACGGCCUUUGUCAGAUUCCUGGGGCCCCGCAGGACACAGAGCAGCCGUGGCAAAUACAGAAACGCCUCACCACGCCGAGUACUACUUACACGAAGCCAAAAGGAUGAAGCACCGUGCGGAUGCCAUGGUGGACAAGCUGGGGAAGGCCGUAAAUUACGUCGAUGCUGCUCUCUCAUUUAUGGAAUGUGGCAAAGCCAUGGAGGAUGGCCCGCUGGAGGCAAAAUCACCCUACACCAUGUAUGCGGAGACGGUGGAGCUCAUAAGGUAUGCUAUGAGGCUAAAGAGCCAUUCUGGUCCUGGUGCACGACAAGAAGACAAACAGCUGGCAGUCCUCUGCUUUCGAUGUCUCGCCCUCCUCUACUGGCAGAUGUUUCGUUUAAAGAAGGAUCAUGCACUGAAAUACUCUAAAGUACUACUCGACUACUUUAAGACUUCUCCCAAAGUGCCUCUGAUGCCAUCCUGCUGGAAUGACACCGGAAAGGAUACAGGAGGACCCUCUCCUCCCCAACUACCCGAUGCCACCAAACACAUCCGGCGGGGUUCACAUGGGGACAGUGCUUCCCCGUCACUCAUAAGCAUACCUCAACGUAUCCACCAGAUGGCGGCAAAUCACCUAAACAUCACCAAUAGUGUCCUGUACAGCUAUGAGUACUGGGAGGUUGCAGACAACCUGGCAAAAGAGAGUAAAGAGUUCUUUAACUACUUGAAUACUCUGUCCGGGCCAUUGACGCUUCACAGCAGCAUCGUUCAUGCGGUGCAGUACACCAGACAAGCUCUUCAGUGGAUUCGCAUCAGUGCCAAACUUAACUAACAUGCACAAGAUGCCCAAUCUGUCAACAAGGACAGCGGGAAGAGCCUUCUUCCUAUCAUUUACGGAAAGUAUGCUGCAGAACUGGAGCAAAUGUCUAUAAUUAUAUAUUACGAGCAUUUUGCCUCGGGCCAUAGGUUCCCAACCCUUGAACAAAAGAGAUCUGAACUGUGAACAUCCCUGCAGAAAUGAUAUUGACCAAUUUGAGGACUCAUCCACUUCCUUCCUCAUUAAAUGAACCUGGAAAAAUGUGCAUAGUGAUUUGAAGCCUCUAAUCCUUUGCCAAAUAUCCAAUAGCGACAUAGUAAACAGGACUCAGUCACUGUAAUGUCAGCCAAUUGUUGCGCAAAGGCCUUUCAUAUGUUAGUUACAGUUGUACUUUUUCAAUAUGUGCUGUACAAAACCGUUUCUACAAUUUUGCAUUGUGCGCUAAUGAAGAUUUCAUGUUUUUUUUUUGUAUAUUUAAAUAUUUGUUCUACUGUGCAAUACUUCUUGGAAUUGUUUAAGAGAAACAAAUACAAAGAAAUAAAGUGUGGCUCUCAGUCAAUUGAA